ACAGCAGAAGCGGAAGGUACCACUGGCCGAUUGCUGUCAGUUGGGAGUCAGGGAGGACAGGGCAGUUGUUCAGUCGCGGAUUAGCUUCUCAUUCAGUCUAAAGCAGUUAUCCCCGAGCGAGCCUCCAGCCAUGGCCAAGCCGCUGACAGACCACGACAGGAGGAAGCAGAUUUCAGUCCGGGGACUGGCCGGGGUGGAAAAUGUUUCGGACCUGAAAACUAAUUUCAACAGGCACCUCCACUUCACCCUGGUGAAGGACCGAAAUGUUGCGACUAAACGGGACUAUUACUUCGCCCUGGCCAACACGGUCCGAGACCACUUGGUGGGCCGCUGGAUCCGAACGCAGCAGCAUUACUAUGACAAGGACCCGAAACGUGUUUACUACCUCUCCCUGGAGUUCUAUAUGGGUCGGACUCUGCAGAACACCAUGGUGAACCUUGGCCUGGAGAACGCAUGUGAUGAGGCCACCUACCAGCUGGGUCUGGACAUGGAGGAACUGCAGGACAUCGAGGAAGACGCCGGCUUAGGAAAUGGAGGCCUGGGCCGCCUUGCUGCUUGUUUCCUGGACUCCAUGGCCUCCCUGGGGCUUGCGGCGUACGGAUAUGGAAUCCGUUACGAGUUUGGUAUCUUCAAUCAGAAAAUCAUCAACGGCUGGCAGGUAGAGGAAGCGGACGACUGGCUGCGCUAUGGGAACCCCUGGGAGAAGGCUCGACCUGAGUACAUGCGCCCGGUCCACUUCUACGGCAGGGUGGAGCACACAGGUGAAGGAGUGAAAUGGGUCGACACACAGGUGGUUCUGGCUCUGCCCUAUGACACUCCGGUUCCUGGCUACAGGAACAACAUCGUUAACACCAUGAGACUCUGGUCUGCCAAGGCGCCCUGUGAAUUUAACCUCAAAGACUUUAAUGUUGGUGGCUACAUCCAAGCCGUCCUGGAUAGAAACUUGGCUGAGAACAUCUCCAGGGUUCUGUACCCCAACGACAAUUUUUUUGAGGGGAAGGAGCUGCGUCUGAAGCAGGAGUACUUUGUUGUAGCAGCGACUCUUCAAGACAUCAUCCGGCGAUUCAAAGCCUCCAAGUUUGGCUCCACAGAGUUUGUGCGAUUAGACCUGUCUAAGAUGCCAGACAAGGUGGCCAUCCAGCUGAACGACACCCACCCUGCUCUCGCUAUUCCUGAGUUGAUGAGGAUCCUUGUGGAUAUUGAGAAACUUGACUGGGAGAAGGCUUGGGACAUUGUGAAUCGCACUUGUGCCUACACCAACCACACCGUCCUGCCUGAAGCACUGGAGCGCUGGCCUGUCGACUUGUUCCAGAACCUGCUACCUCGACACUUGGAGAUUAUUUAUGAGAUCAACAGGAGACAUCUGGAGCGCAUCUCUAACAUCUACCCUGAAGAUCAUGACCGUCUGCGCAGAAUGUCCCUGAUCGAGGAGGGAAACGUGAAGAAAAUCAACAUGGCUCACCUGUGCAUCGUGGGGUCUCACGCCGUCAACGGAGUGGCCCGCAUCCAUUCAGAAAUCAUCAAAAACACUGUGUUCAAGGACUUCUACGACUUGGAUCCUCAGAAAUUCCAGAACAAGACCAAUGGGAUCACACCCAGGCGAUGGCUGGUCAUGUGCAACCCGGGCCUGGCUGAGGUCAUUGCUGAGAGGAUCGGUGAGGAUUACAUCCGUGACCUGGACCAGCUCAAGAAGCUUUUGGACUUCGUAAAUGAUGACGCCUUCAUUAGAGAUGUUGCAAAAAUCAAACAAGAGAACAAGCUGAAGUUUGCUGCCCACCUGGAGGAGCACUACAAGGUGAAGAUCAAUCCCAGCUCCAUGUUUGAUGUGCAGGUGAAGAGGAUCCAUGAGUACAAAAGGCAGCUGCUCAACUGCCUGCACAUCAUCACAUUCUACAACCGCAUUAAAAACGAGCCCAAUAAGUCAUGGACCCAUAGGACUAUCAUGAUUGGAGGAAAGGCAGCUCCAGGUUACCACACUGCAAAAAUGAUCAUCAGGCUGAUCACAGCCAUCGGGGACGUUGUCAACAAUGACCCUGUGGUGGGCGACCGCCUUAAGGUCAUCUUCCUGGAGAACUACAGAGUCACUCUGGCUGAAAAGGUCAUUCCCGCUGCGGACCUAUCAGAGCAAAUCUCCACAGCCGGCACUGAGGCCUCUGGCACUGGGAACAUGAAGUUCAUGCUGAACGGCGCCCUCACCAUCGGCACCAUGGAUGGAGCCAACGUGGAGAUGGCAGAGGAGGCUGGAGAGGAAAAUCUCUUCAUCUUUGGCAUGAGGGUGGAAGAUGUGGAGGCAAUGGACAAGAAAGGCUAUGAUGCCAUCUGUUAUUACAACCGUAUCCCUGAGCUGAAGCAGGCCAUGGACCAGAUAUCUGCAGGCUUCUUCAGCCCUGGGGAGCCUGAGCUCUUCAAAGACCUGGUCAACAUGCUGAUGCACCAUGACAGGUUCAAAGUGUUUGCAGACUAUGAAGACUACAUCAAAUGUCAGGAGAAGGUCAGCGCGCUCUACAAGAACCCUAAGGAGUGGACCAAGAAGGUGAUCCAUAACAUCGCCGGCUGUGGAAAAUUCUCCAGUGACCGCACCAUCUCCCAGUACGCAAGAGAGAUCUGGGGAAUGAAGCCCAGUUUGGAGAAGAUUGCCGCCCCAGAUGACCCUCGCUAAAGCUCGACAGCUGCUUCUAUCCUCCACUGUAGCUCGCCAUGUGCUUAGCCUCCCCCCACCCUCCACCCUGUAGCCUCCUCACUUUGCACUGUGGCAUCACUUCCUGACAGGAUGAGUCUGUCCAGCCUGAAUGGUUCCUGUUUUCUCACUUCACUGGAAGAACAUCUUACUAGGCAGGGAGAGACUUAGUUUUUAACUUUGAAGUGAUUUCAGUAAGAUGAUAGAAACUUUGCUAACUUGAGUUGUUGAAAAUAUCCUCUAUCUGUUAUUAUUAUUAUUACAAAAGGAACAGUAAAGACUUUCUUCCCUUUUCUGUGUUUUUGGUUAAAGACGGGGACGUUUUGACCUGGAUUCCCACAUUCCUCCACUGAAAGCCAGCAGAUUAACCUCAGCACUGUUCUUCCAAACAUGUUAUGUCUUGUUGUAGGCCAAGGAAGGAAGGGAAAGGUCAAAGGGCAUCCCAGCCACAUGACAUUACAGUGACUGGAUGGCUUUAAAGGAAGCCAUUUUUCCAUAUUUGCAGCACAUCCAUGUUUAUGUGAGGACUUCAUAUUAAAGAAAUAUUGACUGUUCAAUGUUUUCUGGUGUUAGCUGAAUGUAACCAUUUCUCUGUAUUAUGAAUAUAGAACUAUAGAGGAGAGCUUUACUGUUUUUAGUUGUGAUCUCGUCAGCAUGUUUGUGUGGCUCAUUCAUGUUGUCUUCCUAAAAGUGAUCUGUUAUAAAAUAAAACUGCCUUGUUUAACAGUUUUCCUUUGGAAGAUGUGUGUAUUAUCUACUGUUGGUGUGUGUGUGUGAAACAGAACACUGUACUGUAACUUCAUUCUGUUGUACCUGUGCAGCUUCCACUUGCCUGUCUGCUGCAAAAUGGCUAAACAAUCAGAAAUCUGUUUUGUUUUAAUAAAUGAUGAAACCUG